ACGGAAGGUGUCAUAAUAAAGGGAGACACAGUGACGAGGAAGCGCCGCGAGAUGAAGGUGCCCCCGGGGUCCGUGCCGGCCCCGUUGACGCUGAACGGCGCCACUGGCGGCGGUCAGGGCUUGCACGGCGGCCUGCCGUUCGGCACAGACAUUUUCUGGAGGUACCCGAUGCUUCUGCCGCAUCACGCGCAGCCGCACACACCGACCACGCCGACGACACCGUUGCUACUGGACCUCAGAUCUCAAAUGCCCCACCAUCUGCCUGUUGACCCGAGGGCAUGGUCCAGAGACGAUGUGACUUCUUUCUUGCGUUGGUUCCAAGAAGAGUACGACGUUCCGAAAAUUGAACUCGAAAAAUUCUUCAUGAAUGGAAAAGCGUUGAGUCUGCUGACGAAGCAAGACGUUUGCCAGAGGGCGCCCGGCGCCGGAGACAUUCUGCACAACGCCCUCCAGCUACUCUUGGCGGCAUCUGCAACAAUGCGGUUCCAGCCGCCGACCCCUGCUUCAACAGUGCCGCCACCGAAUCCGUUAUCCGGUCCGGGCCUAAGCCCACCGCCGACCCACAACGGCAACAACAACAACAACCACCAUCACCACCACCAUCAUCAUCCGUACUACAAUGUCGGGGAUCGGAGGAGUCCGCAUUCGGCAGCUGCAGCAGCCGCCGCGGCGGCUGCUGCCACAGUGGUCGAACAACAGUUGGGCUCUCACUUCCUGGCGCCGCCGAGCUCUGUGACGUUGAGUCCGGCGCCUUCGACAGACGAUAAUAGCACGUCGGGUAGCCCGAAACAUUCGGGAGCGGAUUUCCAUGCCCAGCAAGCGUUGCCAAUGUUGGCGGCGGCUGCUGCUGCGAGGUCACACCAGGCGGCGUUGUUGUAUGCGACCCGGAAUGUCCACGACCACGAUGGGUCGAAUGGAAUGGCUGACCCGGGAAACAGCGGCGACAGCAACGGCGCCAACUCGGACAUGGAAGACAACGAC